UACACCUGUUGUAGUCAUUCUGAAAAUAAGAACUUUUUUUAUUUACUACUACAUAAAUAUGUAUUUAUGCGUCGUCCUGCAGGUAAUCGAGCCCGUUCUCAAAGUACAUCGCGCCUACAGAUUUAUCUUGAAAUCGCCACAAUGUGACCGUUACGUAUUCUGUGAACUAAAUUCGCCCGAGCAAAAUGCAGUUGGCAGCAACGCGCGUGGCCUGAUUUCAGGUGUCAGUCCGAAGAUUGUGAAAAUCGGCAGCAUGGGAGCCGCUAUAUUCAUUAGCACCGAAACUGGCACACCGUUCUGGACAUUGUUUGGCGUGAUAAAUGCGCCACACAACUGUGAGGUCAAAUAUCCAGUCGAUUGCAGUGGUUUCCAUGAGGGCGAAGCUAAAGUGACCACUGAAUAUGUACACAAUGAGUUGUAAAUGGAUGCGAUGGAAAGGUGAAGUUUACAACAACAACAAAAAAGGAAGCUGUGGAUGUGAUGUUGAUCUACAAAGCUGCGAUAGGAAUGCAAAUUGAUUGUGGCUGCAUAAUUAUAGUUAAUAUUAGCUAGUUUUUAAACGUACUUUAAAUAAAUGUUUAGCCGCUAAAUAUUAAGAAAAUAUAAAUUAUUCAUACGUAAAUUUUAACAAUUCUUUUGAUUUGAUGGUUACGUAACUGCUUAUUUUAAAGGUAACUAACAUUUGAAUUAUCAUAUCGCUCAGUUUUGCUAUUCUGUUUUUGCAUUUAAUUUCGUUGGUUGAUACACAGACCGAUCUGAAUACUAAUCUCUCUAGUUUACAAGAUGUAUAG